AUUUGAACCAAAAAUGAGCAAUAUACAUCGUUCAUUGCAUGUGGUUCUCUAACACUGCACACAAAACAUUACAUAAAGAUAAGCCAUGUUGAUCAUGUAACAUUCAAGAAACAUACUUCAUAUUAGAAUGAGUACUUGAGUUUAAGAAUAUUGUAAACUGUAUAGUAGUUUUACAUUACAUAUAUAAUACAAAGAAAGGUUGAGAUUAAUGGCUGGUAAUGAGUGGAUUAAUGGCUACCUUGAGGCUAUACUAUCCACCGGUGGUGGUGCUUCUACCACCGUUGAAGAGCAGCAAAGGGUGGCGGCUGCAGCGAGAGAAAGUGGUGAUCAUUUCAAUCCAACAAAGUACUUUGUUGAAGAAGUAGUGAGUGCUGUUGAUGAGUCUGAUCUUCAUCGUACAUGGCUUAAGGUUGUUGCCACUCGUAAUACAAGGGAACGUAGCUCAAGACUUGAGAACAUGUGUUGGCGUAUUUGGCAUCUUGCUCGCAAGAAGAAGAAGGUGGAAGGAGAGGAACUUCAAAGGUUAGCAUACAGAAGAUGGGAAAGAGAGCAAGGACGAAGGGAUGCAACAGAGGAUUUGUCUGAAGAGUUGUCAGAGGGAGAAAAGGGAGAUGGCAUUGGGGAGAUAAUACAAAUUGAGACUCAACAGAAAAAACUUCAGAGGCAUGCUUCUAGCCUGGAAAUAUGGUCUGAUGACAAAAAGGAAAAGAAACUUUAUAUUAUCCUCUUAAGUUUGCAUGGAUUGGUACGAGGAGAAAACAUGGAGCUUGGUAGAGAUUCUGAUACUGGUGGACAGAUUAAAUAUGUGGUAGAACUUGCUCGUGCACUUGCGAAAACGGCAGGGGUAUAUAGAGUAGAUCUCUUCACGCGCCAAAUAUCAUCUCCUGAUAUUGAUUGGAGCUAUGGAGAACCUACAGAAAUGCUAUCUGCAGGUCAAGAGGAUAAUGACGAUGAUGGUAGCACUGGAGAGAGCAGCGGUGCAUAUAUCAUAAGAAUACCCUUUGGUCCACGCGAUAAAUAUCUCGAGAAAGAACUUCUCUGGCCUCACAUUCAAGAAUUUGUAGAUGGAGCCUUAGCUCACAUUCUCAACAUGUCAAAAGUAUUGGGUGAACAAGUUGGCGGUGGACAACCUGUGUGGCCUUAUGUGAUUCAUGGACACUAUGCUGAUGCUGGUGACAGUGCUGCUCUUCUUUCAGGUGCUUUGAAUGUGCCAAUGGUUCUCACUGGUCAUUCACUUGGAAGAAACAAACUAGAACAACUUCUUAAGCAAGGGCGCCAAUCUUGGGAGGAUAUCAAUUCAACGUAUAAGAUAAUGAGAAGGAUAGAAGCAGAAGAGCUUUCCCUGGAUGCUGCAGAACUUGUCAUCACUAGUACAAGACAAGAAAUUGAUGAACAAUGGGGACUUUAUGAUGGGUUUGAUGUCAAGCUUGAAAAAGUUUUGCGUGCCCGUGAUAGGCGUGGUGUCAAUUGUCAUGGUCGUUACAUGCCCAGAAUGGCGGUUAUCCCUCCUGGUAUGGACUUUAGCAAUGUGGUGAUACAAGAAGAUGGCCCUGAAGUUGAUGGGGAUCUCUCACAGCUUACUGGUGGUGCUGAUGGAUCUUCUUCACCAAAAGCUUUACCUUCAAUUUGGUUAGAAGUGAUGCGUUUCUUCACAAAUCCUCACAAGCCUAUGAUAUUAGCCUUAUCAAGGCCAGAUCCAAAGAAGAACAUAACAACUCUAUUAAAGGCUUUUGGAGAAAAUCGUUCCUUAAGAAAACUAGCUAAUCUUACCCUUAUAAUGGGAAACAGAGAUGACAUAGAAGAUAUGUCUUCUGGGAGUGGCAAUGUUCUCACAACUGUGUUGAAACUGAUUGACAAGUAUGACCUAUAUGGACAUGUCGCAUACCCUAAACAUCAUAGACAAUCUGAUGUACCUGAGAUAUAUAGAUUUGCUGCUAAAACAAAGGGAGUUUUCAUAAAUCCUGCUUUAGUGGAACCUUUUGGUCUUACUUUAAUUGAGGCAGCUGCACAUGGACUGCCAAUGGUGGCCACUAAAAAUGGUGGACCGGUUGACAUUAAUCGGGCCCUCAACAAUGGUUUGCUUGUGGAUCCUCAUGAUCAUCAAGCAAUUGCUGAUGCAUUACUCAAGCUUUUAUCAGAGAAAAACCUAUGGCAUGAGUGCAGAAACAAUGGUUGGAAGAAUAUACACCUUUUCUCGUGGCCGGAACAUUGCCGAACUUAUUUGACACGCGUGGAUGCGUGUAGAAUGAGGCAUCCACAAUGGCAAACUACUACUACUGAAGAUGAUGUAGAUGUUGAAGAGUCUUUCAAUGAUUCACUUAAGGAUGUUCAGGACAUGUCACUUAGGCUUUCAAUUGAUGGUGAAUUUGCUGCAUCAAGCGGUGGCAGUAACGAAGACCAAGUGAAACGUGUCUUAAGCAAGAUAAGGAAGCAAGAUUCUGGUUCAAAUCAUGAGAACAUGUUGCUUGAUAAUGUAUCAAACAAAUACCCUCUAUUAAGGCGAAGGCGCAGGUUGAUUGUUAUAGCACUUGAUUCCUAUGACAGUAAUGGAGAUCCUGAUAAGAAGUUGAUUGAGAUAGUUCAAAGGAUAAUUAAAGCUGUUCAAUUAGACCCUCAAACUGCAAGAGUUUCGGGAUUCGCUUUGCUGACCGCUAUGACAAUGCAAGAAACAACGGAAUUUCUAGCCUCAGGAAAUGUUCAAGUGACUGAAUUUGAUGCUAUAGUUUGUAGCAGUGGGAGUGAAGUUUAUUACCCUGGUGUUCACACAGAAGAUGGGAAGCUUUUGCCUGAUCAAGAUUAUGCAGUACAUAUAGAUUAUCGUUGGGGCGUUGAAGGUCUAAAGAAUACAAUUUGUAAACUUAUGAAUGCCUCUAAUGGUGAAGAGACUAAUGGAAUAGCAACUAGUCCUCUUGAGGAAGAUUUGAAGUCUAGUAACGCACAUUGCAUUUCAUACAAAAUAAAUGAUCCUAGCAAGGCAAGGAAGGUUGAUGACUUGAGGCAAAAGCUUCGGAUGAGAGGUCUACGUUGCCAUCCUAUGUACUGCAGGGGGUCUUCUAGAAUGCAUGUUAUUCCUCUUCUUGCAUCUAGAGCUCAGGCACUCAGGUAUUUUUUCGUCCGUUGGAGAUUAAAUGUUGCAAACAUGUAUGUCAUCCUUGGAGAAACCGGGGACACCGAUUACGAGGAAAUGAUUUCUGGGACUCACAAGACUAUAAUCAUGAAGGGAGUGGUUUCAAAGGGUUCAGAAGAAUUGCUUAGAGGUCCAGGAAGCUACCAAAGAGAUGAUGUUGUACCAAAUGAGAGUCCUCUUGUUGCAUGCAUUAGUGAAACAACAGAGGAAAAUAUAGCCAAUGCUUUGAAGCAACUUUCAAAAUCUGGAGGAAUAUGAAAUGCUUGUGUAUAGUUAUGUUAACUAUCUGUUCUAAAAAAAAGUUAUACAUUUACUUUUCCAAGUAUUGAAUGUAAUUAACUCAUACAAUUAUGCAUAAAUUGAAUUCAGUCAAAAUGUUGAUAGA